GUGGCUUUACGGCACAUUGAUCCAACAUGGCUUCACACUUCAGUGGUGUUUUACAGUUAACGGAUCUAGAUGAUUUCAUCACUCCGUCACAGGAAUGUGUGAAGCCAAUCAAAGUAGAGAAGAAACAGGGUCGCUCAUUGGCGAAAAUACAAAUUGAAGAUGACGGGAGUUAUUUUCAAGUUAAUCAGGAUGGAGGAAUGCAGAAGCUGGAGAAGGCCAAGAUCACCCUGAACGACUGCUUGGCAUGCAGUGGGUGCAUCACUUCUGCUGAGAGUGUCCUGAUCACGCAGCAGAGCCAUGAGGAGCUGUUCAGAGUGCUUCGCCAGAACAAGCAACGGAGUGUCGCUGAGCAGCAGGUGGUGGUGGUGUCCGUCUCGCCUCAGUCGAGAGCCUCGCUGGCCGCCCGCUUUGGCCUGAGCAGCAGCGAUGCCGGCAGGAGGCUCACAUCCUUCUUUAAAAGCCAUGGUGUUCACUAUGUGUUUGACACCAGCUUCAGCCGCAACUUCAGCCUGUUGGAGAGCCAGAGGGAGUUUCUCCAGCGUUUCCGGAGGAAGGAGGAGGACAAGAAAGCAUUGCCCAUGCUAGCCUCUGCUUGCCCAGGUUGGAUUUGUUAUGCUGAAAAGACUCAUGGUGAGUUCAUCCUACCAUACAUUAGUACAACCCGUUCCCCACAGCAGAUGAUGGGCUCCCUGGUGAAGAAUUACUUUGCUGAGCAAAAGGGCUUGUCUCCUCAGAAGAUCUACCAUGUUACUGUGAUGCCCUGUUACGACAAAAAACUUGAGGCCUCCAGACCAGAUUUCUACUUGAAUGAAUCGGAGACCAGAGAGGUGGACUGCGUCAUCACUUCAGGUGAAGUUCUGAAGAUGUUGGAGGAGGAGGGUGUCUCUCUGAAUGAUGUUGAAGCUGCACCCUUAGACCCUAUGUUCAACCAUGUGUGUGGAGAGGAAUUUUUGGCCCAUGCUGGCAGUGGCUCAGGGGGAUACCUGCACCAUAUCUACACCCAUGCUGCCAAAGAGCUGUUUGGGGAGGAAGUGAAGGAGCUCACCUAUAGAACUCUCAAGAACAAAGACUUCCAAGAAAUUACCCUUGAGAAAGAUGGCGUCGUCUUACUGCGCUUUGCGGCCACCUAUGGCUUCCGGAACAUUCAAAACCUUGUACAGAAACUGAAGAGGGCAAAGUCACCCUAUCAUUUUGUGGAGGUCAUGGCAUGUCCAUCAGGCUGUCUGAACGGCGGAGGGCAGCUGAAGCCCCAGGGAGAGCAGUCCAAUAAGGACCUGCUGCAGCAGGUGGAGACGCUGUACCAGGCCGAGCGCAGCACCGCGCCCGACGGGGACGCCCGCGUCAGCCAGCUCUACCACACCUGGCUGCAGACCGUCGGCGAAGAGCGGGCUCGCCAGCUGCUCCAUACCCAGUACCACGCUGUGGAGAAGGCCUCCAGCGGCCUCACCAUGAAGUGGUGAGUGAGGACCCGACACGGGAGGACUCAAACUCCUCGGGUUAUGACCACAAGCCGCUGGGCUUCUAAGCGCACAAAAGCGAGUCAUGCCACUGCAAGGACAGAGGGAGGGAAAAGGAGUGAAUGAGGGUGUUUGUGUAGAGUAAGGUCAUCUUUCAUAUCUCUCUAACAUGAUCAAAGCAGUUGCCUUCUUUCUUUGUAACCUUGCCAAUAAUGUAGCUGCAGAGUAGAGUGUCCAUUAUUGCUUUGUGUAAAUAAGCCACUGAAGCCACGGCAAUAGCAUUUCCAGUUUGUUUGAAGAGGAACUGUUAAGAUGUGAACUAUAAUGCUAACAAGUAUUUGUCUUGCACUAAAAAGCAGUUAAAUGCACUGUGGCCUUUUGUUGACAUCGUGUCCAAAUGAUUUUUGGGGCCUGAUUACCUAAAGUGUAAUAAUAUAUUUAUCCUUAGCUGAUUCAUCAGUAGUGCACACUGCAUAUUUAUGUUUGUUAAGACAAACAGUAUUUUUUUAUUACAUCUAUGAAUCUACCAUCGCAUGUAUAUAAUCAUUCCUGCCGUAUUUUCAACAUGAUAUUAUUCUAUAUAAAUAU